UUCGAAUAGUAAAGAUUUUUUCUGCGGCAUGCAGCCCAAGUUCACAUCACCAAAGAAGGUUGAUCGCAAUGGAUAACAGUGGUUGUUGAUCGCUGAUUGUAAGCAGUUGAACUCAUUCACUGGAAAUAUCGUUCAAAAAUGCGACAUGGUCCAGUGUUUUACUGAGUGACACAUUGUGCCCUUCAGGAUGGCAGGUUUCAUUGGCAAAGAUCAUGGAAGGAAAAAGAAAUCAAACCUUACAAAGAGCAUUCCACCUGGGUGUGUCUUCUGUAAUUCAUCAGAGGAUUGUGAAGAGCUGGUUGGAAAAAGCAUUCAGUCAUGUGGGAUGACGGUUCACUACUUCUGUAUGCUUCUGUCCAGUGGACUUUGUCAAAAAGGGAGAACAGAUAAAGAUGGUAUUCUUGGCUUUUUGCCAAAAGAUAUUCAAGCUGAAGUGAACAGAGGGAAAAAGCUUACAUGCUACUUCUGUAAGAAGAAAGGAGCAACUAUAGGCUGUACUACAAAAUCAUGCCGUAUUUCAUUUCACUUGCGUUGUGGGAGAGUCAGUGGAACUUUACAUCAGUUCUUUGGAAAUUUUGGGUCAUAUUGUCCCACACACCGACCUAGACAGGCAGCCCUCACCAGCGACAGACUGGCCUUUUUUGGCACAGCCAACACCAUGUGUGCAAUUUGUAUUUGUACUGUGGAGGCUCGGGCGUCCAAUGAGACGCUACGAUCUCCAUGUUGUCGCAGCUCCUGGUUUCACCGCGACUGUAUUCAGCAACUGGCAACUACUGCAGGCUUGCAUUUUUUUAAGUGUCCUCUGUGUAAUAACAAGGAAAUGUUUCAAGAGGAAAUGCUGGAGUUUGGGAUUUACAUCCCUGAUCAAGAUGCAGCUUGGGAACUGGUGCCCAAUGCUUACCAAGAGCUGCUGGAAAGAUACAGCAGAUGUGAUGUCCAGAAAUGUUUGUGUCCUAAAGGCAGAGAUUACAACAAGGAUAAAACUAAGUGGGAGAUCCUGUUGUGUGUAUGCUGUGGGUCUCAGGGAUGUCAUGUGACAUGCCAGGGACUUUCCUCCAACAAUGACGACUGGAUGUGCCCGGACUGCGAGGAAAUCUCCAAAAAAGUUUCAAAAGCCAAGAAGACCAGAGGGAGGCCUCGUAAGAAAGGAAAGAACAGUUCAGCUAGUCUAAAAGAAGAAUUAAAAAGAGAUUAUCAAAAGCUCCAAACCAAAGCCUGCGGUUCCAGGCUGGAUACCAAACCUCUGCAGAAAAAGGAGUCUACAGCUGGCUGCUCUGCAGGAACAAGCGGACCAUCAGGUGCAAGUAGUUCUAACAGACGGUCACUGCUGUCUCCAAGAGUGAAGAAUUUCCCUAACACAGUGGUCCGUAUCACAUCUGGGGGUGACGGGGAGAACAGUGAUGUUAAUGUGACCUCUUCAGAUGAAGAUAUCCCUCAGGUGCAUAGUGUACAAAAGGCAAAAAGAAAAGCAAAGGUGUGUUUAGGUCAUACCGAUAACAGUUCUGUCCCCUCUUCAGACGAGGAUAUUCCACUAGAACCAAGAGCCCGGAAGUCAAAAACAAAAGCAAAGAUGUGUUUGGGUGGCUUGGGGAAUAGUUCACGUAUUCAAGGUUCUUCUGUCCCAAACAUCAGCCCUGAUCAACCAUUCCCAAUUGGCCAGUUAAGAGUGCGUGUUCGCCCAUGUAAUGUGCUGCCAGGAACUUCAGUUUCCAUCCAUAACUUGGAUGAUUCUUAUCUAAAUCCACAUGGGAAGCGCAAAUGUCUACGAUCCAAAAGUAAGGCGGAAAGACCUAGUAAGAAACACUGUGAGACUGUGAGUAUGUCGGACAGUGAUGUGAAGAGAUCUGAUGAGUCCUGUGAACGACCUUCUACUUCGGCUGCCACGGCAACACAGGUCAGCGAUAAACUAGACUUGUAUGUACUGUCACCAAACGUCAUUCGCAAGAUCAAAGCACCAAAAGCCUUACCCCGAAAGCCAGUUGAAAUCGUGGAUGAUUCAGAACCAUCAUGCGAUGAGGAGGUAUCAUUUAGGGAGCAGCCAGUGUUUGAAGACCAGCUGGCUGAUGAGAACGAAAAUUCCUCAUCCAGUGUUGAAGACUCUGACAAUUCAGUUCAAAGCCCACGUCAUGCGAGAUUGUGCAAGAACCUUGGUUAUAAAGAUUCAAAAUGCAACAAGAAAAGAGAAUCUCGGGAGAGGUUGAGAUUAGCUGACGUUGUGCAUGUUGUGAGCUUGUCCGAUGACGAACCUGAACUAGCAAUUCCACAACAAGUGCCUGUGGUGUCCUCUACAGUGUCUGCAGAUCAGGAUCAAGUGUCAGUGUGUUGUAGUCAGCCUAACACAGAUUCGCCUGCGGAGACUAGACGAUCACCAAGUCAGAUAUAUGAGCCCAAGUACAUUGAAUUGGAUAUGAGCAUGAGUGAGAGCCCACAGGUCACCAGACGAAGCCCUGAACCAGUGAACAGAAAGCUCAGCAUUGAAGAGGAUGUCCUUACAAUAUCCUCAGCGUCUGAUGAGGAUCCAGAGGAGGUGAUCUUUCUCAAGACAGAGCGGUUUUAUAGCACACAUCAGUUCAAUGGACACAGGAGGCAGUGGAUGACCGCACAAACCUGUUCAAGCUUUAAGACCACACCUCCAGAAAACAGUAAUUUACAGUACUCUACUGUCUGCACGAAUACUAACGCUGGCCAAAUUCUUCUUCGCACGUGCAGUGACCAAGUUGCCUUGCCCAUACAUAUUGGCAGUAUGGCUUUACAUACGAGCAGCAAAAAUCCACAGUCUGCAGGUGUGUGCAAUACUACAUCAAGCUCCGCUACAUAUGCAAGCAGUGCAAGGCAGUCUCCCGUUGUUAUAGAUCUAACAGAUAAUCCACCUUCAAAUAAGGAUAAAAGCCCUGAACCAAUCAUGAAUCACAGACUUCCAGCUCAACCAAAGGCAUCUUGCACAUAUACACUUCGGGCAAACUCCUUGAACAUAUCCAACAGUAAGAUGUUAAAAUCUGAGAAGACCAUCUCCCCACUAAAAAUCCAUCAAGGGAAGUUAGAGUCAAUCCGAUCUGCAGUGACGAGCACCAAGGCUCAGUCCAAUGAUGAAGCUACCCCCAGUGGACAGGACGCAGCUGUGAUUGAUAUCACAGAUGCAGACAGCCUUGCAGUGUACAUGUAGGUGCCUGUAAAGUCGCUGGUAAAUUAACGGAGUCUGAACAGAAACGAACAUGAUUCAUCUUGUGGUAGCAGAUAUCUUUAGUCCUAAGUGUUAAUAAUAUUUAUGUAUAUUUUUAAAAGGUGUAUUGCAUUUAAUAUUGGAAAUUUGCCUGCUGGCACAUUAUCUAAUACUGGUAUUGUGUAAAUAACAAGCAAAUGUGUGAAGCUUUUAUUCUUUCUUCUGCGCUGGUCUUUAUCGAUUUUUUUUAGAAUUAAGGUAACACUUGUUCAGCAAUUCUCAUAGCACAAAAACAUUCUUAGAUGUCUUGUUUUAAUCAACGUUCUCCAGAAACACUUGUACAACUCUGGUUUCCAGAUGAAUGGCAGAUUUGGGGUAACUUUGUCUUGUUUAAUUUUUUAAUUGAAUUACGUUAAGUUUGAUUGUUUGUGUAUUAAGUUGUCCUCAAUACUUGGUGUGGUGCUGGAAUUCUGUGUGUAUCAGACCAAGUUGUUUCCUGGAUGACAAAAUAAAUUUUUAGAUUUUGAUGAGACCGACAUUCAAAUUAUGUGUGAAUGUGGUUUUCUCAGAGGAGUUAGUGUUUGUCGAGUUUUGCUACUUUCUUUCUUUUCAAAAUGAGAUAUUUUUAUGAAAGAGACAGAUUCAUUGUGUACAGGGGACAGACACUAGGAUGAAAAAGAGGAAACUAUAUAUCAUACUCAUAAUUUUUACAUUUUUAGCAUUUCUGAAUUAAAUUCUAAAUAUUUUCCAGUUGCAUUCCUUCAAAGAGGACAAAUCUCACACCUGUGUGUAGUUUUAUGAAAUCUGACUGGCGCUUUAGAAAAGUACAUUUAAACUUCUUCAAAGGAGAAGUCCAGGCAUAUUUGAAGUAGAAGUGGAAGUCAAUAAAAG